AUGGACGUUAACUGGACGGAGUAUUUCCUCCUCGUAGCACCACCUGAGAGUCACAGCUAUAUUUUGGCGAAUCCGUCAGUGGUGGUUCCUAGUAUGGAAUAUAUAGCACAAAUUAAUCAACUUUUCAAUGAUGCCUCAUCAAGAACGCUAACCAACUACGUGAUUGUACAAUAUAUACUGUCAUGGAUGAGAGUACUGGACAACAAGUAUCUCAGUCUUUUCCAG